AGUUCUCCCCCGGGAGGGCAUGCUAAUGAGACCCCCAGAAUGGAGCCACGCUUCCACCCGAGCCAAAUUCAUCGACUCGGACAACUACACCUCUUGGAUGGAUCUCCUCGGACGAUUGACACAGGGUAGAUCCGUGCACCUCGCCCUGGUGGACUUCUCGGCCACCUCGCGCCAGUACGCCUACCACCUCGACACCCGGGGCCCCGUCGACCACUUCGAACUCCUGAUGGUCUACUUCCCCCGCCACCUGUCCGAGCAGCAGACGAGAGCACUCACGCACUGCGAUCAGCCGUUCCUUCUGCGCGGCUGGUUCCCCGGCCAGCCGUGUGUGGAGAUCGAGCCGCACCCGGUCUAUCAGUUGGUUGACUGGACGCGGGGGUGGUUGGUUGACACCACUGGUGCUGGUGCUGGUGCUGGUCCUGCCGCUGCCGCUGUGGACUUCCAGGGCCAUCGCGGGGCGCAGUGCCUGGUCUACUUUCUGCGGUGGAAUGGGCGGGCCGGGGAGAAGAGCUACAAGUCGAUCCGCGAGACGCAUGCGGUGGAUUGGUGGGGGGAGUUUUUGGCUCGGUUGGAGGAGCUGGGGAUGUUGGGGUGUGAAAGUCAGCAUGUGCAGUUUUAUAGACGUUCGCAUUAGCAGUACGGUAUCUAUGGUGAGGCUUGUCGUGUUCUCUUUGUUUGGUUGGGAUGAGAAUGAGUACUUAUGAAGGUUUAUAUGGCUUGUUCUUUAUGCCAGUCUGCCUGUCUUGUCUAGAACUAGAUGUCGCAAUCUU